CACAUUCUCUCUCUCUCUACUGCUUCCAAUUUCUAUAUAGCCAAACCAAGAAAGCAUUAUAAUAGAAAGAAGAGAACACCAUAUUCAUAAGAAACAGGUUGAGAGAGCAAAGAGAAAGAGAAAGAGAAAUUAGAAUUAGAAAAGAAGCUGAGAGAGUUCCAUUUGAUAACGGUAGAGCCAAAAAUGGCAACUAUGUUGGCAAAGGAGCAUGGCUUGAAUCUGAAGGAGACUGAGCUUUGCCUUGGCCUGCCCGGCGGAGGCGGAGGCGGAGGCGGAGGCGGAGGCGGAGACACGGCAACGGCAGAAACUCCGAGAGCCACCGGGAAGAGAGGGUUCUCUGAGACGGUUGAUCUGAAGCUUAACCUUCAAGGCAAUGAUACUAACAAGGAAGAUCUGAAUGAGAAUCUGAAGAAUGUUCCAAAGGAGAAGACUCUCCUUAAGGACCCUGCCAAGCCACCCGCUAAGGCUCAAGUAGUUGGAUGGCCACCAGUGAGGUCAUACAGAAAGAACAUGAUGGCACAAAAAGUGAGCACUGAGGAAAAUAACAAUGGCAGCGCCACCACUGAGAAGACAACAAGCAGCGCCGCCGCUGCUUCUACUGGUGGUUCAUUUGUGAAGGUCUCCAUGGAUGGAGCUCCUUACCUUCGCAAGGUCGACCUGACAAUGUACAAAAGCUACCAAGACUUAUCUGAUGCCUUGGCCAAAAUGUUCAGCUCCUUCACCAUGGGUAACUAUGGGUCCCAAGGAAUGAUUGAUUUCAUGAAUGAGAGCAAGUUGAUGGAUCUUCUGAACAGCUCUGAGUAUGUGCCAACCUAUGAAGAUAAGGAUGGUGACUGGAUGCUCGUGGGUGAUGUCCCAUGGGAGAUGUUUGUUGGAUCAUGCAAGCGUCUGCGAAUAAUGAAAGGAUCAGAAGCUAUUGGGCUUGCGCCAAGGGCCAUGGAGAAAUGCAAAAGCAGAAGCUGAAGCAGAAGCUGCUGGUCCAAUACAUGUUCUAUAUAUAUAUGAUCAGAAUCCGUACCGAAGUUUACCCUAUAAAAAUAUAUAUGAAUCCACCAUAGCACUUCUGCUGCUGGGACAUAUGUUUUUAUUUACUUAUUGUUAGUUUGGCAUGUGUCUGUGUUUUUUGUAUCAUUAUUGUUGGUAUAUAGAUUCAACUUUUAAUUUUAAGGAGCCUGUGAUGAUGAUGAUGAUGGGGGAAUUUGUAAUGGAACAAGAAGCAAUAAACUUAACCUAUAAUACUAGUCUGGCUUGUUUAUUAUUAUUGUUAUUAUUAUGUUAUCCUUCAUUUGCUGUCA